AAGGGUCUGGGAUUCCUUUAUGAGGUGCAACCAAAACAGCUGUUAGAAAUAGCAACCGGGAUAUUCUGGCAGGCUGUCGAGAAUUAGUUCUUGAAUACUGUUGUGGUUUUGAUCACUAAAAUGGCUGUGACUUUUGGACUCUCUUUGAGUGUUUCUUGGAUUUGUUGCCUGCUAAUUGGAGGGAUAACUUGUUUUACACUUAAAGGUAACGCUCAUGGGCAUCCUGCCUACACUGGACCUGAACCAACUGGAUCCUAUGCCCAAGCAAGUGCGGUGUCUGGUCCAAAUGCUAAAGCUACUGGCCACAAUGCCACGUCAGCAGAAGCUACUGGCCACAAUGCCACGUCAGCAGAAGCUACUGGCCACAAUACCACGUCAGCAGAAGCUACUGGCCACAAUGUCACGUCAGCAGAAACUACUGGCCACGUCAGCAGAAGCUACUGGCCACAAUGCCACGUCAGCAGAAGCUACUGGCCACAAUGCCACGUCAGCAGAAGCUACUGGCCACAAUGCCACUUCAGCAGAAGCUACUGGCCACAAUGCCACGUCAGCAGAAGCUACUGGCCACAAUGCCACGUCAACGGAAGCUACUGGCCACAAUGCCACGUCAGCAGAAGCUACUGGCCACAAUGCCACGUCAAGUGUAAAGUCCGGCGCCUCAGCAGCAGCUUCAGGCCCCGGCGCCUCAGCAGCAGCGUCCGGCCCCGGCGCCUCAGCAGAAGCGUCAGGCCCCGGCGCCUCAGCAGGAGCGUCAGGCCCCGGCGCCUCAGCAGGAGCGUCAGGCCCCGGCGCCUCAGCAGGAGCGUCAGGCCCCGGCGCCUCAGCAGCAGCGUCAGGCCCCGGCGCCUCAGCAGAAGCGUCAGGCCCCGGCGCCUCAGCAGGAGCGUCAGGCCCCGGCGCCUCAGCAGGAGCGUCAGGCCCCGGCGCCUCAGCAGGAGCGUCAGGCCCCGGCGCCUCAGCAGCAGCUUCAGGCCCCGGCGCCUCAGCAGAAGCUUCAGGCCCCGGCGCCUCAGCAGAAGCAUCAGGCCCCGGCGCCUCAGCAGAAGCGUCCGGCCCCGGCGCCUCAGCAGAAGCGACAAGCCUUGAACAGACGGCCCGACCACUCAGCUAGGGAGAUCAUAAUUUGGUUUGGCCAACUCCUUAAUCAUCUUAUCCCUGUUACUGUGCCUCUUGCAGAAAAGGGUAAAGGUAACUGAGGUGGGGAAAUGUGCAAACUAAUGCGCUUGUUUGAAAUGAGGAUCUCUUUCACUUGUACAUCGUCAUGCAAAUUGUAUAAAGGGGUGGAUGAUACAAUGUUAUGAAUUGUUUUUAUAAACAUACGACUAAAUUGACUUCUGAUGUAGCGAUAUUGCUGACACACUUUUAGGUUCUAUGGUUAUGCUUUUGAUUUAGCCUGGUGUUCCUGCUAGUCUUGCGUGAUUUGCUCAAUAAACCAUUUGACUUUCAAAAAACCUUGUCCUUAAAAUAUAAUGUUCUCUUCUGCCUACCAUGUGCUUGCUGUUUGGGAACAGACUGUGGGCCUGGAGUAAUGGGGAAUGUGGUUCACAACCCUUGUAUAAACAGAUUUGUUUCGGGUAGUUCAAAUUCUAAAGGUUGCUAACUUGUCAGAGCUCAUACACUACCUGUCCCUUAGUGUAGGCUGUUUGAUUUACAGUAAUCUGCCUUUUACCACCAAUGCCUAGAAUGUGAAUGCAGUGUAACUCAUCAUCCCAUUACCUGUCACUAACCGGUCCCAGGGACGCUGAAGUUUCUCCUUGGCCUUAUUCAGAAACAUUAAAACAACUUGAUACA